CAUAUACCACACCGUAUCUUCAUUUGCAACUCCAACCAUGGCCCAGUUCACUCUCUACUCUCACCGUGGCCCCGGCCCCAACCCCUUGAAGGUCGCCAUCGUCCUCGAGAAGCUCGGUCUCAGCUACGAGGUCGUUGCUCUGGACUUCGGAGACGACCACGAGAAGGGUGUCAAGGGCAAGUUCCUUCAGUUGAACCCCAAUGGUCGAGUGCCAGCUUUGGUGGACCACCAACAGAACGACUUUGUCGUCUGGGAGUCUGGAGCCAUCCUCUUCUACCUCGCUGCUCAGUAUGACAAGCAGGGCAAGUUCUUCGGAAAGGAUGUGCAGGAGCAGACCAUCACCAUGCAGUGGCUCACCCACCAGCUUUCUGGUCUGGGACCGGUUCAAGGAAAUGUGAACUUCUUGCACCACUACUGGAAGGGCGCCUAUGGCGAGGAGCCCCAGAAGUCUGCCUUCACUCGUUUCGAGGGUGAGACUCACAGGCUGUACAAGAUCCUCGAUGACCAAUUGGCAAGGCAGAGCUCUCGAGGCUCGCAGUACAUUGCUCUCGACCGACCUACCAUUGCCGACUACUCCUUCUACGCCUGGGUCAACAUUGCUUCCUUUGGCAAGGUGGACAUCAGCCCGUACACACACGUCGUAAAGUGGUUGGAGACCAUCAACGCCGACCCGCAGAUCAAGGCCGCUGACGACAAGCUCCCCAAGUCUUAAAGGAG